AUGUGUGAAAUUGAAAAGGAAGGAAUAAGCGGAAUGGGCGAUGGCUAUGAAAACUUUGGUCCACCAGAACAACAAGAGGAAACUGCUAAAAUGAAUUCGCAGCCGCGUGUCGUCAAGGAAAGAAAGCGCGUGAGCACAAAACCGCGAGGAAAGCCAUCGAGACAACCGAUGAUCAAACAUACUGGAAAGACAGCUCUGAAACCUCAGCCACAACCACGACCGCAACCACAAGCUAAACUUUCGGAGAAGAACAAACCGCUAGCGAUUUCUCCGAAAAUGAUGACAGCGGAAGAAAAGAGCCACGACCCGACUAACGUACCAAAAAAGAAAGCGAAGUGGGCAGCGCUGGAGGGCACACAGGAAGAGCCAGAGGUGGCAGAAGUUAAAUGA